UCCGGGAAGUUUGGUAUACAACCCACGUCUUCAGAGUUCAGUUUGUGUAGAAUCGUCUGUUCUAUCUAUAUAGAGCACGUAGUAUUAGUGGCUAUUUGUGUUCUAUUUUUAAUUUAUUUCUUUUAAAUAAUUUCGACGCGUUACAAUUUUAUCGAAGAAAUGUCAGGUCUUAGACAACAUCCGCUUGUUUCCAAAGCUGAAGAAGUCGCCUAUGAGGUGCUUAGACGGACCAAAACAAUUUUGCCCACUUUGGCCAGGUUGUGUCUGAUUUCCACUUUCCUCGAAGAUGGAAUUCGUAUGUACUUGCAAUGGAAUGAACAGAGGGAAUACAUGGACAUCUCCUGGGGAUGUGGCAAGUUUUUAGCCACAAUGUUUGUAAUCAUCAACUUGUUUGUACAGCUUAGUGGUUGUUUCAUGGUUCUGCUACGUUGGAAAGUUGACAUUGCCUGCGCCCUACUUUUUGGAAUUGUCUGCAUGCAGACUGUAGCAUACAGCAUACUAUGGGAUCUUCAAUUUUUGUUCCGAAAUCUGGCUUUGAUUGGAGCUCUCUUGCUUGUCCUUGCUGAAAGUAGGCAGGAGGGAAAUUCUUCUUUUGCUGGUGUUCCCACUCUGGGUGAUAACAAACCAAAGAGCUAUCUCCAGCUCACUGGCAGAAUCUUGUUGGUCUUCAUGUUUGCCACUCUUCUCCUAAUGGAGUUUUCAUUCAUGCAGAUCCUUCUAAAUGUUGUUGGCUCUGUUUUCAUGUUGUUUGUUACUGUUGGAUACAAGACAAAGUUGUCUGCAUUGAUCUUGGUUGUGUGGCUUACAACCAGUAACUUCUACUUGAACUGCUGGUGGACUAUCCCUGGUUGCAAGGCCAUGUGCGACUUCUUAAAAUACAAUUUCUUCCAGACUCUUUCAGUCAUCGGCGGAUUGAUGAUGGUCGUUUCGUUAGGACCAGGCGGCGUCUCUAUGGACGAGCACAAGAAAAAUUGGUAGGGGAUUCUUCAUUGCUCAUUGGAAAUCAAGGAUACAGCCAUCAACAUCAAGCAAUCACAGGGCAAGGGGGAGUCGUUUUUAUCUUUGAGACUUUGUAUACACUAUUAAAAAUCCGACCUCCGAUCUCUUUGAAUGUUUUUUAAUUAAUUUGAUGUCUGUAAUCGGUUUAAAGCUCAACAAGGCAAUUAAAAUGUGUGUUUGAA